AUAGCUGAAUGCUAAUAAGCUGUUAUCUGAUGGCUAGGACUCUGACCCUAGUGUCAGUAGAGGCCUUAAGAACCUAAGACACAGAAUUCUUCUGGUGGGAUGACAAGCAGUGGAAUUUUUGGAACACAGGAGUAUUUUAAAGGAAGAGAUCAUGUAUGUGACAACCACAGAAAUAAUCAUGAAACCGAUUCUUCCAAAUGGAGCCACUCCACAUUUGCUCUGACUUUUGCUUCUUUGGAGUCAAGACAACUUGCUGUUGAGUACUCAGGUUUUACACACACAAACUUUGACUCGGAAUUGGGCUAAUGUCACCUAGUUAAUGAAUUUAAACCCAAAACUGUGUUGUUCUUAAUUUCCAGGUAAGCGAUGAAAUGGUAGUGGAGCUCAUUGAGAAGAAUUUGGAGACCCCAUCUUGCAGAAAUGGUUUCCUUCUAGAUGGCUUCCCUCGGACCGUGAGGCAGGCAGAAAUGCUCGAUGACCUCAUGGAGAAGAGGAAAGAGAAACUUGAUUCUGUGAUUGAAUUCAGCAUCCCAGACUCUCUGCUGAUCCGGAGAAUUACAGGAAGGCUGAUUCACCCCAAGAGUGGCCGUUCUUACCACGAGGAGUUCAACCCCCCAAAGGAGCCCAUGAAAGAUGACAUUACUGGGGAACCCUUGAUCCGUCGAUCAGAUGAUAAUGAGAAGGCCUUGAAAAUCCGCCUGGAGAGCUACCAUACUCAAACCACCCCACUCGUGGAGUACUAUAGAAAACGGGGGAUCCACUCUGCCAUUGAUGCGUCCCAGACCCCUGAUGUUGUGUUUGCGUCCAUCCUCGCAGCCUUCUCCAAAGCCACAUCCUAGUAACAGAAGGCCAGGCGAGACUGCACCACUGCUCAUCACCCCGCGGCGUGAUCCCUGCUCUUAGGUGCUGGGCAGAGGGGAAGAGUGGUCAGGGUGACAAUGGAGAGGGAGGGCUGGUGAGGGGCUCAAGAGGAGUAUUUAGAAGAGCAGCAGUGUUGUUUUAGUGAGGCAGAUUCUUUUACACAUGAGUGGUAACUUCAAAGUAUAAGUAAAGGGAAAAAUUAAUUUUAAAAAAACCACUGUGCUUGGAGGAUAUGGGUAGAAAUAGUGAGGAACAGUAUUAUUUCUAAGGAAUUGGAUUUUCAUUUACUCUGGACUGGUAACAGUAUUUUUUAAAGAUAAUGCCCUAAGACCUCAGCUUUCAUCUCAGAACCUCAUGCAUUGCCAGACCAAGAGUACAGGAAAUCAAACUGUUGUCCUAUCUGUCCUGUAGCUUGGAACAUGGAGGGUUUGACUACUGACCCUGGUUCCCUAUACCAUAAGAUCAAAAAAUAAUCUUCACAUUUGAAAGAGAUAUGGGAUGUAUUUAUGGGGGGGGGGUGGCUCAGCAAAUGAAAUUUACUGGAGUCGAGGGCAGGGGAGGCUGGACUGACUCCCUUCCUCUGACUUACCGCUGAUUCACCAGUACACCUGCUCUCAUGGAUAAGCGCUCAGCAGCCACCCAGCACAUACCACAAUCCUACACUCUUGCCUUCUUUUAUCCAUGGUGUGUGAAGGGACAUUUUUAAAUAAAUGAGCAAGUGUCCUAAGCUUUAUCAUCCAAAGAUUGUCUUUCCAUCCUCAAAUCCUGUGACUGGAUCACUCAACAAUACUGUGAUGUAUUACUUUCAAUGAGGUGCCUUUCUUAACUGACCAAAUGCUGCCUUGUUUUGCCCCUAAAUCAAUAAAAUAUAUUACAAGUUUGUA